UUUAACAGCUAAAGUCCACCACAAACUUCUCAUGUCUUCCUCCCCAACAGCAGCAGCUAAUUGUUCUUCUACUUCUUCUAAUUCAACUUCUGCAGCUCUAAAAUCCCCAAAUUCAAUGUUAGCUUUAGACCCUGCUACUGUUUUUGCUGCUGCGACUGUUAAUGGAAUUAGUCAACAAGCUUAUGUUAAUCAACAGGCGGCUUAUUUAGCCGUUACAAAUGCUGGGCACUCUACAGGGUGGAAUGGGACUUUAAAUAAUAACAUUAAUUCUGAUUUAUUGUGA